CUGAUCUCCAUUUUAUUUUUCGUGAAGAAUAUGGCGGACUUACGUGAUGAACAUGGAAAUCCAAUUCAGCUGACUGAUCAAUACGGGCAUCCAGUGAAGCUGACCGAUGAGUACGGCAACCCUAUGCACCUUACUGGGGUUGCUACCACUGCCGGCUCUACUGCUCCAACGAUUUAUCCUACCAGCACUGGUGCUUCGUCAGUUGGUGAAAAAUUGCCACAAACGGCUAGUUAUGGUGCUCCAACUAUUGGUGAAAAGUUGCCACACACUGCUGGCUUAGGUGCUGGUGCUCCUACAAUUGGUGAAAAAUUGCACCACACAGCUGGCUUAGGUGCUGGUUCUGGUGCUCCUACAGUUGGUGAAAAAUCCCACCUCACAACUGGUGCUGGCACCGGCUUAGGUGUUGGUGCUGGGACAAUUGGAGAAAAGUUGCACCCGAAAACACCACAAUCGGAGCGACAGCAACACAAGGAGCAUCACCGCUCCAGCAGUUCAAGUUCUAGCUCGUCAGAGGAUGACGGACAAGGUGGGAGGAGGAAGAAGAAAGGGCUGAAAGAGAAGAUAAAGGAGAAAUUAACAGGUGGGAAGCACAAGGAUGAGGAACCAUACAAACACGGUAUUGGAACUGGAACGACGACGACUACAACGACUACAAGUGCGAUGUCGAGUAGUACUGCUCCAGAGCAUGAGAAGAAGAGUAUGAUGGAGAAGAUCAAGGAGAAGUUACCCGGUCAUCACAAUCAUCACUAGAUAGCUAGCUAGCUAAAUGGAAUAAUAAAUGUUUUAUAGAUGUGGGGAACUCUCUUUCAUCUUAUAUUGUGGUGGUAUAGUUGUUUCUAAGUAUAUAUGCUGCAGCAUUUGCUUUGUUGAUCGUAGGGCAGUAGUGGUGUAAGUUUUUAAGGAGGAGAUUGGAGUCUUUUUUUUUUUUCUUGCUUAACUAAUGGUGUGUUCAAUAAUUUUCUUGUUCAACUGAUGUUAUAUUGACGACGUUAACAGUAGUGAUGUAUCAUUCACCUAGCGGAAUUGAGCGUGGCUCAAAAUUAGGAGUA